AUGGAGUUUCGUAGUUGACAACGUGAAAGAAAAAAGCCGGUAAAAAUAAUCAAAUCUCCUUCAAAAUCUUAUCAACAUGGGUUUAACUUACUUAUUAUUAUAUCGUCGUGGACUGCAAAGUGUUUCAAAAACUGUCCAAUCAGUUAUUACUAGAAGAUUAGCAUCCUCUUCUGCUUCUAUUGAUGUAUCGAAGAUCAGGAAUAUUGGUAUAUCAGCUCAUAUUGACUCUGGCAAAACUACUCUGACAGAAAGAUUGUUAUAUUAUACUGGAAAAAUCAAUCAAAUGCAUGAGGUAAAAGGUAAAGAUAAUGUUGGUGCUACUAUGGAUUCAAUGGAGCUGGAACGACAACGGGGUAUCACAAUACAGUCAGCGGCAACUUUUAUUACAUGGAAAGAUACAAAUAUUAACAUUAUAGAUACCCCAGGUCAUGUAGACUUUACAGUAGAAGUGGAAAGAUCAUUAAGGGUUUUAGAUGGUGCUGUGUUAGUGUUAUGUGGUGUAGGAGGUGUGCAGAGCCAAACUUUAACAGUAAACAGACAAAUGAAAAGAUACAAUGUUCCAUGUAUUGCAUUUAUAAACAAAUUGGACAGGAUGGGAGCAAAUCAUAAUAAAGUAGUCAGCCAAUUAAGGGCAAAACUAAAUCAUAAUGCAGCGUUGGUGCAACUUCCUAUUGGACUUGAGGGUGAGCACAAUGGUGUGGUGGACUUAAUAAGAUGGAAGGCUUACUUCUUUGAAGGAGAAAAUGGGGCUGUGGUCAGAGAGGAUGUUAUACCUGAAGACAUGGUGGAUGAGUGUACUAAACGACGCCAAGAACUUAUUGAGGCAGUUGCAGAUGUUGAUAAUGAAAUAGGUGACCUGUUUCUUGAGGAAAUUACUCCAACACAAGAGCAACUGAUAGCUGGAAUAAGAUGUGCAACAAUAAAAAGAGUCCUUACACCAGUAUUUGUAGGUUCUGCUCUUAAAAAUAAAGGAGUGCAGCCGUUGUUGGAUGGUGUUGUGGAUUACCUACCCAACCCUACACAAGUACAGAACUAUGCAUUAGCUGCAAACAGCAAAGAAGAUAAGAUUCUAAUGAACUCUAAGCGAGGAGACGAUCAUCCAUUUGUAGGUUUAGCCUUUAAACUUGAGGCUGGAAGGUAUGGACAGUUAACGUACCUGAGGAUUUACCAGGGAACUCUUAAACGUGGAGGUUUUAUCGUUAAUACUAGAACUGGCAAACGUGUAAAAGUGCCAAGAAUAGUGCGUCUACAUGCUGAUAUGAUGGAGGAUAUUCAGGAGAGUUAUGCGGGAGACAUCUGUGCUUUGUUUGGUGUUGAGUGUGCUUCUGGUGACACGUUUACAACAGAAGGAGCACCACAAGUAUCCAUGGAACCAAUGUUCGUACCUGAGCCGGUUAUUUCUCUUGCUGUUGAGCCAAAAAAUAAGAAUGACCUGGAUCAAUUCUCUAAAGCAAUAAAUCGUUUUACUCGCGAAGACCCGACGUUUAGAGUUCGUUUUGAUGACGAGAGUAAAGAGACUAUUAUAUCAGGGAUGGGAGAGCUACAUCUGGAUGUCUAUACCGAGCGCAUGAGGUUGGAAUACAACUGUCCUGUUAUAUCUGGUAAACCCAAAGUAGCCUUCAGAGAGACAGUUAGUAAAGAGUCCAGUUUUGAUUACACGCACAAGAAGCAGACUGGAGGUUCUGGUCAGUUUGGUCGUGUGAUAGGAAAGAUUCAGCCAAUGCCAGAAGAUUUAAUCACGACUAACGAAUUCGUGGAUGCAACUGUAGGAAUGAACAUUCCCAAAAACUUUAUACCUGCCAUUGAAAAGGGUUUUUACGAGGCAUGUGAGCGAGGCUUCAUCACUGGCCACAAGGUUGCUGGCGUUUGUUUUGUUUUAGAAGAUGGUGCUGCUCAUGCUGUAGACUCGAGUGAAAUGGCCUUCAGAAUGGCAACUAUAGGAGCACUAAGAGAAGCGUUUAACCAAGCAUCACCAAUAAUCCUAGAACCAAUAAUGAGCCUGGAGGUGAACGCUCCUCAAGAAUUCCAGGGUGCUGUUAUCGCCGGUGUUAGUCGUAGACACGGUGUUAUCACGGGCACAGAUGCUGGAGAAGGCUAUUUCACUGUCUAUGCCGAGGUGCCUCUUAAUGAUAUGUUUGGCUAUGCGACAGAUUUACGAUCUCUGACACAGGGGAAAGGCGAGUUCACCAUGGAGUACUGUAAAUACCAAUCUGCCUCCGCACAAGUUCAGGCAGAACUCACCGACAGGUUUAACUUGGAAAGACUCAAAAAAGCAAAAAGAUAAUGGCACAGUUUCUAUAGCAAUUUUAAUAUCCAUUCUUAUGAACUAUUUAUUGUCCUUUUGUCGGUGCCUUAUGUGUAAGAGAGUCAGGUAAUGUUGGGUUUAACGAGCUGAUCUGAGAGAAAAUGUUAGCCAAUCAGAAUUUAGGAAAUUUGCAAAUCUGAGGUGUUAAAAUUAUUGAUUUCCAAGCCACAAAAUGAAAAAGAUAACGUUGGUAAGAAAAGGUUGAUAACAAUAACACAAUAACUCAUGAGUAUUUUAUUUUAUUUUUCGCCGGUCAAUUUUCACAGCAUUUAUAUGACACCUCAGUUUUGCAGCGACGUCAUUUCUACGUCACUAUUUCAGAUCAGUCGGAUGUCAGAAGACAUAAUAACGGAGCUGGAUUUCGUUAGUUAAGGAUUCUGAAAACUGGAUUCUCUUUCGUGGCGUAGCUUUUAUGGAGUGAUCAAAUUAAACUGUUUGAAGAAUAAAAUGUCGCAUUUAAAAAAGAGUUUAUUUUAAAAAAACUCUGAAUUACAGAGUUUUUCUCGCCCUUAUGCUUUUUGGACGUAGGUUUCGUUGUCACGGCAACGAUAGCUUUGACCCAAGUAAAAGCACUGGAGCUAGAAUAAUGCAACCGAUAGACAUAGACUAUAAGUCUAGAAGAAAGAGUACUUGACAUCAAAUCUUUGCCUCAUAAAUUUCUCAUAACUUUUGGACCAAAUCGCAAGGGGCCUCGUACUCCGAUCACGUGAAUGGCUUUAGGCCUAGGAAACCAAUAUUGAAGCAUAAAAUUUUAUUCAAAUAACCGCGCUGAAAAUGAUAAUGAAUAAAAAAAGACAGUUGCACCUAAGUAGUGACAACAACUCA